GCGAAACAGUCCUCAUCACUGGAUCUGGCAGCGGACUUGGGCGACUUAUGGCGAUUGAAUUCGCUAAGCUUGGAUCAAAAGUGGUUCUCUGGGAUAUCAAUGAAAAAAGUAACCUGGAAACAAAGCAGAUGCUUGAUGAACUUAAAGCUGAGAUUCAAUUUAACUAUAGUCCUUCAGUCGGGUAAAA